AUGCGCAUCCACAGUCGAUUGGGAGAGUGUGACUUUGUGGACGAAAGUGAACGGAAUCCUAUCGUACUUCCUCGUGAUCAUCCCACUACCCGUCUCAUCGUCGCCAAUGUGCAUCAACGUUACCAGCAUCAGUGCCAUGAAACCUGUGUAAACGAAGUUCGGCGAGAGUUCUACAUUCCACGAGUACGCAGAGUUUGUGAACAGGUUCGUCGGAGCUGUCAGCAAUGUAAGAUCAGCAGUGCGAGACCGGAACCACCAGCAAUGGGAUCCCUUCCCAAAGCACGAGUAGCAGCCUUUGUACGUCCGUUUUCCUACGUCGGCGUAGACUUCUUUGGACCCUUUCUCGUCCUCAUUGGUCGUCGACACGAGAAACGUUGGGGUGUGAUUGUUACUUGCCUGUCAACCCGGGCGAUACAUCUCGAGUUAGCCGCUUCGCUGAACACAAGUUCCUGCAUUAUGGCGCUACGAAACUGCUUCGCUCGUCGUGGGACUCCUGUAGAGAUUAGAAGCGAUCGUGGAACUAAUUUCGUCGGCGCAGAUAAGGAACUUAAGGCUGCGGUGACUGCGCUAGAUCAGAACAAGCUGAUGACCGAAUUCAACAGUCCGACAACAUCGUGGGUUUUCAAUCCUCCAGCGUCCCCACAUAUGGGUGGCUGCUGGGAACGUCUCAUCCAGUCAGUAAAGAAAGUUCUAGCCAUCAUCAAACCUCAGCGGGUGCCUACAGAGGAGGUGUUACGAAGCUAUUUGAUUCAGGUUGAGCACAUCGUCAACAGUCGUCCUUUGACACACGUUCCCGUAGAUGACUGUUCGUCACCGGCAUUGACUCCCAACCAUUUUUUGCUGGGAUCGUCGAACGGAUCCAAACCGCUCGUACCGUAUACGGAUUGUCCAACUGCGCUUCAACAAUCCUGGAAAUCUUCGGAGGCACUGGCGAAUCGUUUCUGGCAACGAUGGGUCACAGAGUACUUGCCUACAAUCACUCGACGAACUAAAUGGUUCUACCCAGUGAAGCCUAUUGCGGUAGGUGACGUUGUCGUAGUAGCGGAUCCUGAUCUGGCACGGAAUCACUGGCCCAAAGGACGGGUUGUAUCGGUGAAGACUUCAACGGAUGGGCAAGUUCGUUCGGCUGUUGUACAGACUGCUUCCGGAUUCUACGACAGACCUGCGACCAAGUUAGCUGUAUUGGACAUCGGUGCAAACGGAAGUGAGCCGGACCAGAGUCCAACUACUGGGGGGGACUGUUGCGUACACCUUAUGUGCGCCACGGCACCUGUACAAACAUACACCACAUUGAUCGCAGACCUGCCGACUGAACAUCUUGUCCGACAACGUGAAGGUGGCAGCGACUCUGACACACAGUUUGACAGCGGUAUUUUGACGUCCCGACAGAAGAGCAAAACGUGCAAGUCAUUGGCUUAA